AUGGCGGACGAGCUGGACCGAGUGCGGAUCUCAGAGGCCGAACUUCGAGCAGAAGCAGCGAGUUUAAUUAAACUUAAAGAUUUAGAAGAUCCAGUUAAGAAGCAGCGACACCGUGACGGGAAGAGACCAGACCUCCAGCGGUACCAGCCCGGAGCACAAACACGCAGGCACGGCACGGACGCAGAAAAAUCUCCAAGCACAAAUCCUGACCUCAAAAUGCCUGUCGGGUCGGCAUCGGGUUCUGACCCGAAACUAACCAGCAGUGGUAGCCAGUCAGUCCCAGAAAACCUUAAUCUGGACUGCGAGUCCACCAAAGUAUCUUCUACUCAUCAAGAUCCUGCAGGGUCUCCUGUCGAAGUCAACAAACCGUCCACGAGCGGCUCUCCAAAACUGAGAAAGACUCGUAAACCUGACCGUGAGAUAUACCAGCCGGGUGGGAGAAGACCUCGGGGGUGUAAAGACUCCGGACGAAGCGCGGAGGCAGAGCCGGUCUCCAAAGAAUCGGUUAAGGCAGAAGAUGUGAUGCAGUGUAAGGAUGUACACGAGGAGAAAGCAGAAGGAAAGGAUGAGCAAAGGAAAGACAGGAGAAAACGAGUGCAGGGAGUUCAGCCUUCUGCAAAUUCUGAUCGGACCAGCGUCGAAAUCAUAUCUGAUGAAAUGAAGAAGCUAAACAUGAGCAGCUCGGCUGUAGAGUCAGAGAAAAACAAAGCAAAGGAAGGUAAACAUGUUAAAGCGAAAAAAACAAGCCGAGAAGCUCCGGAGAACAGUGUGGCUGGAGGAGAGGACGAGACGAGCGAAAAAGCUGAAAAGAUUAAGGAGAAAGGAAAGCGGCGAUCAAGAGGAGGGAGGGAAAGAGGAUCCAAUCAGUUUGCAAAUACGAGAGCGGACGAAGAAGCGGUAGAGAAAAGCCCGGCCACGAAUCACCGCUCGCGGCAGGACGCUCAAGACAAAGAGCUCCAAAAAGCGAAGCACAGAGCGAGCCACCAGAGAAAGGGGAACGCAGACAGGCGCCGGGCGUCCGACGGAACCGAACCCAGCAGAGCGGGUCUCGCAUCGAAGCGCUACUCGAAGUCGGAGAUCAGACGCCCCCGGAAUCGGACCUACAGCACGAGCUCGGCCAGCAGCGUCAACAGCGCGAACGGUCGCGGAGAGGCCGAGAGACGGGCCGACGCCGGGUUCAGGGACGGCGAGAGGGACGGAGGAGGCGCGCCUAAAUCUCACGGGGUCAGAAACAAAAGGACGGUCAGAAACGUGUCCUCUACCGACUCUCUCGACGAGAACGAGACAGCAGGGAGAGACGCAGGCAGAACGCCAAGGAACGAUAAAAGCGGUUUAAAAACACCUAAAGGAAACCUCGCUAGGUCCGGCGGAGCUUCUCAAGGAGGCAUUUUAAGAGUUUCUUUAAACAAACAGUCUGUGGAGGACCAAACGAAACACAAAGAUCCGGGUCCGAGAGGCCGAGGCAGGGGAAUCUUAGUCCUCCCGACCACGUCCUCAGAGCCUGGACCUCGCCUCAUGUCCGGAAGCAGAGGUGGAUCAGCACAAGGUCGAGGAAGAGGCGGUCGAGGAGGAAGCACCAGACGUCUGUGGGAUCCCAACAAUCCGGAUAAGAAACCCGCCCUCACAGGAAGCUCCCAGUCCCUGAGUUCACCUCUCCAGCAGCCUCUGUACCUCCAGCAUCAGGGAGGGUACGGCCCGCUGUAUUUCCUCGACACUGAUGACGAGGCUGCGGGAAGCCCUCCCAUGUGCCAGGGGGAGCAGUUCUCCAGCCAGCACGCCGCCGCCAUGGCGUAUUACAAAUUCCAGAACUCGGACAACCCUUACCGCUACCCGUUACCGAGCGGCGCUCCCAACACACCCCCACGCUUCACCUACUCCUACCCGUAUCAGAUACCCGGCUCGAACGGAAUGUACCCCAGUCCGGCUGCCCAGUUUUACGGAGCGUACGCUCACGGGGCUCAGGGUUACCCGUCCGCCGGCUCAUCCGUCAGCCCGGAGGAGACGGAGGUGCAGACGCGGGGAGAACUGAGCAAACUCCUCAGAAUGGCCGACAGCCAGGAGCUCCAGCUGAGCAACCUGCUGUCUCGGGAGGGGCUGAGCCGGGACGGACUGGACAGGAUGGCACAACUGAGGGCCGAGCUCCUGACGCUGUACGAGCGAGUGAUCCUAACGGACAUCGAGUUCUCCGACUCCCAGAACGCGGACCAGUCGCUGUGGAAGAACGUCUUCUACCAGGUCAUCGAGAGAUUCCGACAGCUCCUGAAGGACCAGGAUGCUGAUACGGCCCCACAGAUGAGGCCCAUGCUUCUGACCAUACUAGAGGAGGGGACGCUGUUUUUUGAUUCGCUGCUGCAGAAAUUACAAGCCGUGUUCCAGUUUAAGCUGGAGGACUACAUGGACGGCAUGGCAAUACGUGCUAAACCUUUGAGGAAGACGGUGAAGUACGCCCUGAUUAGCGCCCAGCGCUGUAUGAUCUGUCAGGGCGACAUCGCGAGAUACAGAGAGCAAGCCAGCGAUUCGGCCAACUACGGCAAAGCGCGCAGCUGGUAUCUGAAAGCUCAACAGAUUGCUCCAAAAAAUGGAAGACCGUACAAUCAGCUCGCCCUGUUAGCAGUCUACACCAAGCGGAAGCUGGACGCUGUUUACUAUUACAUGCGCAGCCUGGCUGCCAGCAACCCCAUCCUCACUGCCAAGGAGAGCCUGAUGAGCCUGUUUGAGGAAGCAAAGCGCAAGGCCGAGCAGAUCGAGCGCAGAGAGAAGCAGAACGUGGAGGGUGGCGCGCGUGGCCCACGGGGGCGCGGCCCUCCCCGGGACGACGACGCCACCCGGGUUGAAAUCUGGAUCCGUCCCUCCGGAGGCGCGCCUCACACGGCCGGCAGAGACUCGGCGCAGGACGGAGGACUGAGCAGACUGAGCGCGAGCGACCUUAAUAAGAGAUUCAUCCUGAGUUUUCUUCAUGCUCAUGGGAAGCUCUUCACUAAAGUGGGGAUGGAGAGCUUCCCAGCUGUGGCCAGUCGUGUUUUGCGGGAGUUCCAGGCUCUUCUCCAGCACAGUCCCUCCCCCCUGGGAAGCGCACGCAUGCUCCAGAUCAUUACCAUUAACAUGUUCACCAUUCACUUCGCUCAGAGCAGAGCGAAAGGACAGGGCGACACGCGGUCCGUCCUGGAGGAACAGAGUACCUCUUUCGGUUUGGCCAUGUUUGGGCACCUGGUGCAGCGCUGUACUGAUCUAUUAAAGCAAACUCCUGCAGAGCCCAUCCCCGUGGAGGAGCUCGAUGAGGGUGAUCCAGGAGCAGUGCAGUCCAUGGUUCCAGUAUCGGCCUUUCCCUCGGACCUGCGAGAGCUCCUGCCCAGUGUGAAGGUCUGGUCAGACUGGAUGCUGGGCCACCCAGAGCAGUGGAACCCCCCGCCGCCCGGUUUUGAUGCCGGUCCGGACGUGUGGCAGUGCCUGGCAGAGCUGUGUAACUCCCUGGCCCGGGUCUAUCACGGCGAAGCACCGCUGUACAAGGCCGACGGAGACGGGGACGAGGAGCUCCGACUGCUGGUGCUCGAGGAGGACCGGAUGCUGGCGGGAUUCGUCCCCCUGCUGGCGGCUCCGCAAGAGCCCUGCUAUAUAGAGCCGCAGACGGACGCCGCCAUGGCAGCCGACUGUAAGCGAGUGACGGUGAUGAAGUACUUCCUCGAGGCCCUGUGCGGUCAGGAGGAACCUCUGCUGGUAUUUAAAGGUGGAAAGUACAUUUCCGUCGCCCUGUCGCCCGCCGCCAGCCAGCCGACGAAGGACAAGCCUCGGGAGCAGUCCCAGGAGGAUGACGUGAUCGUGGAGGAGAACUCCCUGUCCGCGUCGGAGGGCGAGAUGGAUGCCGGAAUGGACGGAGACGGAAACGAGGACGACAUCCGAGAGCUGAGGGCUCGACGCCACGCUCUGGCGCACAGGCUGGCACAGCAGCAGAAACGCAGAGAUAAGAUACAAGCCGUGCUGCAGACUGGAGGUCAGCUGGAGCUGGAGAUCAGACCCUUCUAUCUCGUCCCCGACACCAACGCAUUCAUCGAUCACCUGGAGGGACUGGAGAAGCUGCUGGCCUGCAGAUCGUACGUGGUGGUGGUGCCGCUGAUCGUCAUCACAGAGCUGGACGGCCUGGCUAAGGGUCAGGAGAGUCGGGAUCGAGAGUCCGUGGAGGAAGCGGCCCACGCUAGACUGGUGCAGGAAUCCGCUAAAGCCGCCGUGACGUUCUUGGAAAAGGGUUUCGAGAGCAGAGAGCCCGGCCUGAGAGCGCUCACCAGCAGGGGGAGCCAGCUGGAGUCCAUCGCCUUCCGCAGCGAGGACACGUCUGGACACAAGGGCAACAACGACGACGUGAUUCUCUCCUGCUGCCUGCAUUACUGUCAGGACAAGGCCAAGGACUUCAUGCCCGCUCAGAGAGACGGACCGGUCCGCCUGCGCAGGGAGGUGGUUCUGCUCACCGACGACCGGAACCUGCGCGUGAAGGCGCUGACCAGGAACGUCCCCGUCCGAGACAUCCCCGCCUUCCUGAGCUGGGCCAACGCGGGCUGAACCGGAAGAGCCCGACGUCCUGCUGUUGGGGGGAAACGCAGAAUGAAAAACUAAAAAAAUCGCUCGACCUUCACCGCAGCCGCGUGGAGAGCGAGGACACGGCACAGAUGUGGAGAGUGAGGGUGAGAGGGAGGAGCGACGAGGGAGGAAGGAAAUGAUGAGCAAAGAAAUGGAUUUUAAAGAGAUGAUGAUGAUGAUGAGGAUGAAGAGAGACGUGUGUUUAUCCUGCUGAUGGUUAGAAGGUUAGAUGAUGAGCGCGCCUGGCCGAGCGGAGGCGUGCUGGGGUUUGCGUGACGUGUCCGUGUGAUGUGCACACGCAUGAUGUGUCCGUGUGUUCUUGACAGAGUGAAAGAUGUACCGGCAUGCAUCUCGCAGUGCUGAGUGGGAUUUUCUGAGCGAUUGAACGGGAGCGUUCGAGAGCGGCCGGUCCUGGACCUUCGGUUUAAGGUGAUGCCAGCGACUCGGGGCAGAGGAGCACAAGUCCUCUCUCGCCCCGUUUUGGCCCUGCGCGGCCCCGUAAACGUUUAUCCGUCGCUUUUUAUUUCCCGUUCCUGCAGUUUGUUUGUUUAAGCUCGUUUGUUUUUUCACGCUCACGUUAGAAAUUGUACUUUGGUGGAACGGAUAUAUAAACAUAUAAAAUAUAGAACGUGUAUCAGCUUUCUGUUUGUGUUCGGCUCUGGUGCACCUUUAUUUCCUGUCGUGAUCCACUGUUCUCAAGAUUAUGAUUCACUCUAAACACACACACACACACACACACACACACGUGAACACACACUUUCUAUGUAAUAUAAACGUGAAAUAAUAAAUAAUACAUCAUUAUUCUGUAACGUUUGGUUUCAUAUUCGAGCAGCGUCGUCGCUUCUGUCCGAGCGAGUUUACAUGUCUGAAUAAUACGUCGUCUGAUUUAGCUGUAAUUUCAUUACAGUUGUUACUUGUAUUCUAUUUUUCUAAAUUAAUUAAUGAAUUAAUAAGAAUGUUGAUGAUAUUACAGCUCAGUACCUGAUCUCACGUGUUACAGUGUUAAUCCUACACAGGAUUGAUUACUGGGUACUAAAUCGUACCGUCAUUAAACUGAUCGCUCCUAUAUCUAUAUUUCUUUUGCCCCUGUAUCACCACAGCGGAUCUGGUUCGCGCACCAGAUUUGUCAUAGUGCCCUCCUAACACUAUCCGGGCUCGGGAUCUGCACUUGACAAGCGCCACAUCCCCAGAUCUCAGCAGUAAGUGGGCUAGCGUGCUUUACCGCUGCUCCACCCAGCCCGAGCCCCCCUAACAGCUCCACUACAUAAAUGUAUGAAUAAAUAAAUCGUGGUUUUUUUUUCCUGACUCCUGAAGACGUGUGAACGCGCUCGGUGAAACCUGAACGUAAAGCUUCUGCUAAUGAACUGUGUGUGAGUGUUAAUCAGUUUGGACGUGUAAAUAAAAAUUUCAUUUGAUUUCAGAUACGAACAUAUGGAACAUUUUUCUUUUGGUUUAAUAAAUAUCAAUAAAAAAAUUCUAAAACGCUCUAGUUUUGUUUGAUUGAUGAAAAUAAAGUUUCAAUGAGAA